CUAGAAACCUCUCAAUGCGUUGUCUUCUCUGAAGGAUCAAUUCUGAUUCGAAUCCUUAUCUGAAACCCUAGAAUUUUUAUCCGAAGAUCCAGUCAAUACCCUUCUCCAUGGCCGUAAUCACUCGAUCAGAUCCACCUUCACGGAUCCAUCCCGAGCCACAAAUCCUAGAAAUCGACCACUUCGAUCGUCUCCCAGACUCAAUCCUCCUCCUCGUCUUCAACAAAAUCGGCGACGUGAAAUCACUCGGUCGAUGCUGCGUCGUCUCCCGGAGGUUUCACUCUCUAGUUCCUCAGGUCGAGAACAUCGUCGUUCGUGUCGAUUGCGUCAUAUCCGACGACGAUUCGUCAUCUCUCUCUUCUAUCAAAUCCCGCUCCGCCGCAUCCGCCGGAUCUUUCUCCGCCAUGUUUCGCCUUGUUGUUGGUGGCAUUGUCAAGCCGUUACAAGCUCUAGGUCAGUUCCUCGGCACGAAGAGGCCGUGUGGCUCCGCGUCGUCUUCUUCUUCCUCUUCUCUGUCGAUUAGUGGAGACGAAGGUGGAGAAGAGAUCGAACAAAGCGGUGUAACGCACCACUCUCCCACUCAGGUUUUGAAAAACUUCGACGAGGUUCGUUACCUACGCAUCGAGCUACCCAGCGGCGAGCUCGGAAUAGACGACGGAGUUUUGUUGAAAUGGAGAGCGGAAUUUGGUUCGACCUUAGAUAGUUGCGUGAUUCUUGGAGCUUCCUCUGUGAUUCAACCGAAUCCAAUGCGAAUUUCUCAAUCCUUUGAUACUACUACAAUCGUUGAAUCCUCCGUCGUCGGCGACGAUAUACCGGAAUCGUUUUACACAAACGGAGGUUUAAAGCUGCGUGUUGUAUGGACAAUCAGCUCAUUGAUUGCUGCAUCAGCACGGCAUUACUUGCUGCAACCGAUUAUCGCCGAGCACAAGACGCUCAACAGUUUAGUGCUCACUGAUUCUGAUGGGCAAGGUGUGCUUUGUAUGAACAGGGAUCAGCUAGAAGAGCUGAGAGUUAAACCAUUGUUAGCUUCUUCGGCUUCGAAGAGGACUCUUGUGCCUGCAUUGAACAUGAGACUAUGGUAUGCUCCUACCUUGGAAUUGCCUGAUGGAACUGUGUUGAAAGGUGCGACUUUAGUUGCGAUAAGACCGAGUGAGUCGAAGAAGGAAGUGUCUGAUAUCUCUUGGGUAUCUUUGGCUUUCGAGGAGCCUUAUGAGACAGCUGCUAAAUUGCUGGUCAAGAGAAGGACUUACUGUCUAGAAAUGAACUCGUUUUAAGUCGAAAACUGAGGGAACCCGAUGGUGAUUCAAGAGAUUACAUAUAAAAGCUACAUAAUUGGGGAAGCAGAGAAUGAAAUAAAAUCCAGUUUUGAUGAAUCCAGAAACCAGUUUUGCUGCCUACUGCAUCUGCCAGCUAUUUUUCUUUGAAGCUUAUGCUUUUGCAGGAUCUUACAGUCAUAUUUUAACAAAUUACUUAUAUCAUGUAAGAGGUUUAUUUUUGGGUCUUUGUUAGUUACUUGAAAGCCUUUAGCUUUGCUCGUUCUUCUCUCUUUAUGUGAAUAUUGUAGGUAUGAGAUAUACAUUUGCUUACUCCCCUGUCAUUAUACAAGUUAUUUUAAAUUAAAUCAAGCAUUUUAGUACUUUGCUAGUCUUUUAA